GAUGUUUUAUCAAACAUGCCCCUUUACUAUUUUUUACAUUAAACAUGCCCCUGUACUUUGUAAAAAUUAUCAAACGUGCACUUUUGUUAAAAUUUUCAUCCAAAAACAAUUAAUCAACGCCGAACUUUGGUUUGGACGACACAGAUGUCUAAAAUAUCCCUAAUAAUUUCACUUUAGAAUUUUUUUUUGGUUCUUUUGUAUAGCCAAAUAAUUCAAAUAAUUUCACUUUGAAGAGAUCCAGAGAAAUAAAACGGGGGACAAAACUGAUAUUUUCCCUCCUGCAUGCCAAUGUGGGUCGUCUAAAUCUCGGUUCAACCAUGAUUGACGAUUUUUUCAACGGAAUUUUAGCAUAAGGGCAUGUUUGAUAAUUUUGUCAAAGUAUAGGGGCAUGUUUGAUGUAAAAAAUAGUAGAUGGACACGUUUGAUAAACCGUCAUAGUAGAAGGGCAUAUUAUACCUAUAACACUAUAGCAGAUGGACCAAUACUCACUAACUCAUAGAAAAAGAGGAGUCACAAUUAGCAAUGAGAUUAGUUACUAGUAAGUAACCAUUAAUGACCAACCAACCAACUCCAUUGUUGCUUAUUAGCAGGUAAUGGAAUAAAGAAGUAGUACAAGCCAUUGACAAGUCCUCUCCUCGAGAAUAGCAAAAAAAUAUUCAAAGCCACCAGAUUCAUAUAUAAUCCUCAACCGAUGAUGACGCCACUUUCCUUCAAUUUUCCCUCCACUCAUCAAUUUCCCUAAUUUUCUACCCCUCCCGUGAAGCAAUGCAGAUGCUCCAAACCCUAAUUCCGCCAUCCUCCUCACCCACCGCCGUGGCGGCAGCGCUACCAGUCGCCUUCGCCUUCUUCCUCGUCAUCUACAUACUCGGCUACUCGUUGGUCUUCCGUCACUGGCCGUCGGGUGCCCGCUCCGAGGCUUCCAGCUGCCUGAUCUCUUUGUUUCACGGCACCCCUGCCGUGUUCAUUGCCUCCUUCGCAAUUUACUCCGACUCCGAUCGCGGAUUCUCAGCCACCAAUACCCCCUUUCAAUCCGCCGUUCUUGAUUUCAGCGUUGCAUAUUUCUUCGUCGAUUUGCUCCACUACGUGUUCUUCUUCUCGCCUGGCGAUGCGCUCUUCAUCGGGCACCACUUGGCUACUCUAUUUGUGUUUCUGACAUGUCGGUACCUCGUCGGCCACGGCGCCUUCGCGAUACUGACCCUCUUGGUCCUCGCUGAGGUCACCAGCUUCUGCCAGAACGUGUGGACGUUGGCCGGGGUGAGGAAGGGAGAUUCCAAGCUCGCCGCGAGGGUGUAUCGUUUGUUGUCCCCGCCGUUCUAUGCGUUCUACUCGGUCGUCCGUGGGGUUCUGGGGCCGGUGUUUAUGUAUAAGAUGGGGGAGUUUUAUUGGAGUGGGGUGGCAGAUGGUGUUGUCCCCAGGUGGGUUUGGGUUUCCUGGAUGGUGGUUGUGAUUGGCGCCAUCUCUGUUAGUAUCUUGUGGAUUACCAACUUGUGGGUGGACUUGUACAGAGAAAGGAAGUUGGAUGGUAGAUUGGAGAAGAAGAAAGACAGGUAGAAGAAGAAGAACAUAGAUGUGGAAAAACGUAAAAAUGGAGUCUUUUGCUUUGUUUUUGGAUUACAUAAUGUCGAGAGUAGGAAGUAGAAGAGAGAAUUUCUCAAUUGUGUAAAACCAUUUGGGAUUGAAAUUGAAGCUUCUCCACUGCUUUCUUCAUGUGCAUUCUCAAUUGGAUAUGGUGAUAUAAGAUGCGAUAUUCCUUUCCCUCUCUCGGUUUUAUCAGUUGUCUGAAGUGGGAAUUCUUAUGUGUCCCAUCUUUUCCAGUGUCUUCUUCUGUGAUUUGGUUUGUCCAUCUCUUUAGCUUUAACGUCUUGUGCAAUGAGUAUGGAAGCUCUCUCAAGUGUAGUUCUUGGUUGUGCUGUAUUUUGUCACGGCCGAGUUUGAUUGAGAUGGGGGCAUCUUUAGUCAUUCCGUGAUUGAUGAAGCUUCAGAAAGUCUGCACUUUUUUGUGCAAAGUGCUGAGGCCAUACACCAUAUAACUUCAUUCCUCGUGCAGAUCGUUGAUGUGACCUAGGAGGUAUUUGUGAAUGGAGGAUUCAGUGUCAGCUAGGAGGCUGCUUGGAAGCUGUCUUGGUUUAUAUAAUCCCAUAAAAACUGUGCUGGGGUUGUUCAUUUCGUUGUUGCCUUUGCUAUCAAACUGAAGAGAAUAACUGUGCUGGGGUUGUUCAUUGCCUUUGCAUGUUCUAGACCAUCUUUUCUAGAGUUUCACUUUCUAGUUUGUACAGCCCAGGUUAAAAACAUAAAAUCGGUAUCCAACUAUCCAUGGCCAUUUCACUGAGAAGUUGCAUGAUGUUUUACUAUAUUGGAUGCCAUAAAUGACGCAUCUUUAC